AUGCUCGGCAGCAGUUCUGGCGGCGUGACUUCUCGCCAGUCUCCGAAACAGCAGAGAGCUGAGAGCAGAAUAUCAUCAGGCAGAGCGGUGCUUUUCUCGACUUUUCGCGGCCACCCAAUCAACAGCGAGAGAGACAGUCGUCCUCAGGACUCGCACUCCGCAGCCCAGGUCUCUUGAAAUUCACAAGUGCGCGUGUCCUAUCACACGCUUCCGGCAAAUUAUUUCGUGAAGAGGAGCUCGUCGCAGCAGCAGCAGCAACAGCAGCAGAGUACUCAAGAUGUCGGACCGCAAGGCAGUGAUCAAGAACGCCGAUAUGUCGGAGGAGAUGCAGCAGGACGCCGUCGACUGCGCGACCCAGGCUCUUGAGAAGUACAAUAUCGAGAAGGAUAUUGCCGCCUACAUCAAGAAGGAGUUUGACAAAAAGUACAACCCUACAUGGCACUGUAUCGUUGGACGAAACUUUGGCAGUUAUGUGACGCAUGAAACAAGACACUUCAUCUACUUUUAUUUAGGCCAGGUGGCUAUCCUCUUGUUCAAGAGUGGAUAAGCCGAUCGCUCAAGAUUUUUCGUAAAAUCUCUGUACUCUUUCUCUUUUUUAUCUUUCAUAAUUUCCCUUUAGACCAUGCUCAAUACUCCUCCACCGUUCUAUCUCUCUCUGGAUCUCUUUCUCCUUCUGUCGAGCUAUCUUUCACCGACUGUCUAGUCUCUGCUCUUGUUUGUCCUUGGACCAAUGCGGUUCAGGCUGUCUUACUUGCAAAUAAAUCCCAGUAGCCAAAUCCUUUUGAUCAUUGAUUGUUUUACACUGCGAAGCAACUGUAUUCUUGUGCAUGUAUGAUGAGGGUGAUAUUCCGUAGGUCUAUGGUUCAAGGGCAAUUAUUUGAAGAGAGGAAGAAACAAUUUUAAGAGACAACCCGAUCAAGACUGUUUUUCACAAGCUAGAAGGUAGAACGGAUUUAUAAGAGAAAGAGAAUGGAGGCAGAUUUAGAGGUGCGCAAAAGGGAAUGGAAUGAUAAAUCGACAUACUACUUUACAUGUUAAAAUGUAUUUGUGUAUGCCACAAGUUUGUUGUGUUCUUGUUUAUUAAACUAGGCAUAUUCGUGUGCAUAUAAGGUUGGGUUUGGCACUGGCGCUGUUUUAACAAUCUAAUUACUAGUUUAACUAGUUUAAAUUGUAUGCAUCGAUCCAUUGAUUAAAGGCAUGUCUCGUUUUAAAAUUUUGAAACAAGCCAACAACCAAUUCACCUAUUUUUCUUUGUUUGCAAAAUUUUGUUACAAAGUGCAUUUGAUAGAAGGAUAAUUAUAUUUAAAAAAAAAUGCAAAUUUAUAAAGAUAAAAAAUUCCAUCCUUUUUUUAUAAAAUAUAUAUUUAAAUAUUUUUAUCUACAAACUAUGUAAUCCACUCUUACUGGUCUAUGCAAAAUUCAGAAAGAGAUAAAAAUAUACAUUAUUAUAUAUGUACUGAUUUUUAUUCUAUUGGAGAAGAAAAAGAAAACACUAGAACAAAAAUGCAAAAUUUUUCUGGUAUCUUUCCACUUUCAUCCAUAGCUACCACACAUUCUUCUCGCUUUGAAGCGUGAAUUAUUGUCACGAGUAUUGAAUAAUUAUAAUACCAUAGAAUUAUGUAUAUACAUAUAUACAUACAUAUACCUAAGCGCGCGCAUAACAUCUAUAUACAAUGAGAUAAAAUUUAUACAUUGUGCAAUUUGUGCAUCAAAAUAAAUGGAAACACUAACGCUCUGUUACGUGCGUUAUGUGACGACAGCUAAUCGGAGUUUCGCCUUAUAUGAUAUUCUAUACUGCAGACUUGGUAGUUGUUAAAAUAGAGAGAUUCAUUGUGAUUUGUGUAUCCGACAAAAAAACAAAAAAAAAUGUGUAAUCAUACCAGCAAUGGUUUCCAUUUGUCGUCGUCGUCGUCGUCGUCAACUUUGAAAAGAAAAAAUCUUGCAAAUUCUCUAAUUUGACAAUCUGUUCCGAUUAUCUGACGAGUUCAAUCAACAUAUUAUACAUACAUUCAAAGGAAGAAAUCGAAAGGGUGAAAAGAGAUUGAAAAAGUGAAUAAAAAUUUUGUGUAUCGCACGUUAUAAAUAUAUACUAUUGUUUUCAAUCAACGAUCACAUUAUAACUUAUUUGCUUCUACACGCGCGUUUUCCAGCCGAAAGAAAGCGAAAUUUCAAAAGAAUACGAUUCUGUAUAUAAAACUGCAUGAAAAAAAGUUCGAAAAAAUAAGGGUAAGGCAUUUUGUGAUAACGUUUUUGGUUAGCAAGGUAAUUUUAAAGAGCACCCGCACAUUUGUACGAGUCGAAAAUGGAAAGGAAAAGUAUAACAAAAAAAAGGAAGAAAAGAAAAACUAGAUCAACGAUUAUGUAUUCACGGAAAAAACAUUUAUGCAUGCGAGCAUGGCGUAAGAUCUCAUAGAAUCCUCUCGCUUUCGAGCUCUAUAGGUAUGUAUGCAUUGAUGGCUCUCGCGCGAGCGCACGCCGAUUUCCUGCUUUUCGAGGGAACGCGCGAGCAGCAUGUGCGUGGGUGUACUGUGUAUACGUAAAACAAAAUAAAGGGAAAGAAAAGAAAAUCAA